GCUAAACAUAUUGAUCACGAAAAUCACUGGUCGACAAGCUUCACAAAUAACUAAAACACACAAUAACCACAAUUCAACAACAAUAACAACAACAACCACAACAGCAACAGAAAAGUAAAUUACCUUGAAUUCUCAUCAUCACACUCUGAUUGGUUUAUCUGUACUAGGUCACACUUUGAAUAUGGCUGUAUUGACAGAAUCUGUCUGAGAUGGAUGAUACAUAUAAGUUCAUUGAUUGGUCGUCUACUAUGUCCAAUGUAAUUGUGUAUAACAGAAGAAUAAAAUAGGUCAAGUUGUUUUCUGUCAACAAAUCAUCGGACGUGUGUGGACAUACUUGGUCGUUCUCUCAUUCACUAAACUACUUCUAUUCAUAAUGAAUAUUGUACAUAAUGCCAAAGAAGCUCAUCUGUCUUGGUUACCUUCUACCAGUGGAUCACCUCCACCGCCAAAUGCGCUCCAAGCAGAUUCUGGCAUUUGUGUGAUUCGUGGCAGAAAGGGUGGACAUUUAAUACCAGGUAAAAUGCUUCUCAGAACUGGUACAGCUUCUAUACUUUACGAAGGAAAAGAAACUCCACUUUCUGAAUUUGAAAUUUUGUGCACCACGAACGUACAUUCAAAUCAAACUUUAUAUCAGUGGGUUCCAGCAUCUUCCGGUAGAGUUCCAGCUAAUGCAUUACUUGCUGGUAUAACUAACACAAGUGAACCUUUAUAUAUUACUCGUGCUAUGGUACAAGAUGAAUUGUGUAUUGGUAAAGUUAACUGUUCCCAAAAAUUUGCAAGUCUUCCUUACAAGGGUAAAGAAAACAAAGUGAAACAUUAUGAUGUACUAUGUUUUAUAGAACAGAAGGAUUAAGAUUUUCUAUUUCCACAUUUCAAGUAAUAUAAUGUGAACUGUACUUAAACGAACAUAUGUUUGCUGUAUAUUAAUAAUAAUGAAAGC